AUGUCGUACUAUAGCAUGCACAAUGCGCACUCUGCGCACCCCGGAGCUCCCACUCACAACCACGGCCGCAAUCGUCGAGCUCCUCGUCUGUCCAUGUCGCAGAACACCCAAAGGCAAUUCCGAGGUGUGCGCAGCAUGAAGGAGCUCAACGACUCCGCCGCUCUCUCAGCCUUCCGCAUGAAGUUCGAGACCAGCCGCUCGUUCGAUCUCGAGGACGAUAUGGAGUUCUGCCCUGGUCUCCUGACCGAGGUUGACUUGGUCUCCAUCUCGAGUUCUUCUGAGCGAUCUUCGCUGGCGAGCAACUCUCCUCAAUCCUCUCCCACGCAACAACCCCAGAGCGUUGCUCCCGGCUUCUUGCUGAACUCGGCCUCUCCUCCCUUUGUUCCUCCCCCCACCUACGGCCAGCCCAGCCUGAAGCUCCACCAGCCUGCAGCCACCCGCGGCCGCAAUGCCAUUCCCAUCAUCAACCCGGCCACUGGCAUCACCAUGUCAAGCCCUCCUUCAUCGGUGUCUCCCGCCAAGAUGCAGCAGUCCAUGGGCCGUCGAUGGUAA